AUUUUCCGCUAAAAAAGAAUAAUCAACGUGUGGCCAAUUCGAGCAGAGCAGACUUGUAGCAGAUAGUUACGGCAGUUAUGAGGAGACCUAAAAUGUUUGGUCUACCAUUAGCGCUGCUGCUAGUGGCGAUGUUUGGUGUGUGUCAGGCGCAGGGCACCUUCGAGGAUGCGGAAACUUCAAAUGAUGAUACGAGCAUUAAUGCUCAUCAACAUUUCGAUUUACGUCAUACGAUUCCCGGUGAGCCUGAAGUCGAUUACCCCAUUUACAGUGAAGUGCCGGAAACGAGCUUUGAGUGUGCAGGAAGGCAUGAAGGCUACUACGCCGAUAUGGAGACCCGCUGCCAAGCAUUCCGCAUUUGCGCGCACACAGCACGCAGUGUGCACGGCUUCGGUUUCCUCUGUCCGAACGGAACGCUGUUCAGUCAAAAGAAUUUCGUUUGCGAUUGGUACCGCAACGUCAAUUGUGCUGAAUCCGAGCAAUAUUACAGUAAAAAUAAUGCGAACCGUAUCGGCAGCAGUUAUGAUAUGAUGGAAAAGGUACGUCAAAUGAUGGAAUACCCCAUGAAGACAAUAUCGCGUGCACUACAAAAUAAAGGUAGCAGCGUCGCAAACCAUCCGAUUGCACCACAAGUAUCACAUCACACACUGAAAAAACAAUUGGAGCUCGCCGAAGGUGGCACGGAUGUCAGUGAAACAGAUGAGGAGACACAAUCCAGUCGUGAUAGCAGUCAACGCGCUUAUCUGGCACGCAAACAGGCGGUUACACGUGCACAGGUCGAAUCGGUUUCGAAGAGUCAACAGUCAGCGCACCAAGAGGAUACAGUCACGCAACAGCGCAAGCGUCUACAGCAACAACGCCAACAACAACGCACCGAAACUGAAGUUGAGACGACGAAGGUGACAAAAGUGCAAAGUGUUGGUACAGGAAAUGCACACGAUGAAGAUGUUUAUGUGAAUAGUUUGGGAGAAUUAUCCUCUGAUCCGGGUGUGAAUUUCAUGCAUGAUUCGGCGCGCAUUAUAGCCGAGUCGCCCAGUCGCACGUACAAGUAUGAGAAGAACGCAAAUUUCGCUGAAAGGGUCAAUGUUGGCUUGAAUAACCUCGCUGAUGGCACAGCUGCCGGUGAUGUGAUUGCACCGGAUUAUGUUAAACACUUACGCACCGCCGACGAAGAUGCAAUUUUGGCCGCAAAUAUAAAUAAUUUACUUGAAGAGGUAUCGGCUGAUGUGGAUACCAGCAUUUCUGGUUAUCAAGUACCCGCACCAACGAGAAAUAAAACAUCGUUUAGGUUCCUAAGUCGCGGUUUCUCAUCACAAAGUGAUCGUUCGAAGCGACCACCCUACGAGUAUGCCAAACCUAAGCAGACGGCAAGUACGAUACGGUUUUCGCCUAACGAGCUACCCAUCGACGAUACUUACAAAGACACUAAAGAAUUCUCAAAACCAAAACCAACGGUGAGCUCAGCGGAUAUCAAUGGCACCACUUUUGAGAGUAACGUUGAGACAAUGCAAUUUAUUAUUAUGACCACCACACCCGCUCCCACAUCCACGUCAGUUGCGUCGACCGAAAUACCGAAAGAAGCUGCUACGAGUACCACUGCCAAAGUAAGGGCAAGUAUAAUUGAAGUUGGCGAUGGCUUGUCUCUGAGAGAUACUACCGAAGAGUCUAACGUCACCACUACGGCAGCACCGACUUACGUUAAUUCAGAGCGUUAUUAUUUAAAUAAUGUGAGCACAUUAUCACAAAACUUAGAUUAUAAUUUCUUGAGUCCUCCCGCGUCAGAGUCGGGAGAGGGUGGCAUUGAGUCGUCUACAGCUGACGAGCCGACAUUAUAUGAAUUUAGUAAUUUUGAAGGCAGCAGUGGAUCAACGCAGACCGUUACGGAAGUAUCGACGAACAUGGAUGAGGGUUUAAGUCGCUUGGCGCUAAUCGAAACGAGCACGGUGAGCGCAACCACGCCACAGUCUCAAGAAAUCGACGAGUCUGCGGAUGUGUAUGCAAACGUUGUGCAGCAGCUACUCUUUCCAACACAAUCACGAGGGACGACAACUAGUGCAACAAUUCGUAAAGCAAACACCGCCAGAGAGCAUCCAAUUGCACACACAUUUCCGCCAAUUGUUGAUGAAGAGAAAUUGACUGUUGAGGAUCAAGCGGCCAAGCUCCUGUUGGCUGGCGUUAAACUGACAAAACAUGACAAUCAUAUAGACGAUGCAAACGCACUCAGGUCGAGAGGUUCUUAUAGUGCUAGGCUGGAUCCAACAAUCGGCGAAGCUGGUGCACUGCUCAUACAUGUGGACGAUGAAACUAUAGCAACUAACUCAGACAUUGUCGAUCCGGACGACGUAUCUAGCACCUCUUCAAGUACUACUACAACUACAACCGCACAGCCUGAAACUAGCACGAGCAUCGUAGCGAGCCUCAGCGAAGGCGGCAGCUUCCAAGAGCGCAUACGCAAUUAUCGACGUUUAGCGUCGCAGCAGCGCGCAACUGUCAAACCAUUAGCUCAUUUGCAGCAUAAUCAACUAAACUCGGGUAGAAAGUCAAAAACUACAACAACAAAGCCACCCAGCAGCAGCACAACAGCAACAACAACGCGUAGUUACUUAAAGCGUGUCGCAGCAAGUCGUCUACGUUUGUCGCGUCUCUCGGCGGCGAACAAUCGCGUUGCGAACACAACCAUAAGCACAACCACUGAUUCGGCCACUGUAGAGUAUAGUAAUAGCAACAACAAUGAUAUUGAAUCAUCGCAAACGAGCAGGAAAAUUGCGGUGCGCAAUAUAGAUAAGGAGCUUGGCAAUGUCGAUGGCGGCAAACGUUAUGACGGGCGCGGCAAUUCCUUCGACAGUGAUAGUGCACAUAAGCGCACCACCACGAGCGCUCCAGCAGCGGAAGAUGAGAGCAGCAGCAGCACAGUGCGAAGCUGGGACACCGUGCGUAAUAACUUGAGACGCUUUCAAGUGAGCCGCAAGCCAAGCACUGUUUCUACUACCACAACGACCUCUAGACCUGCACGCUCGGAGACUAUUUCAACGCGUCGCGGUGCGCUGCGUUCACGUAAUCGUUUCGCUAAUUUUAAAACGCAAGCAAGUGCUGCGGCAACAACAACUUCUACGCCAAUAACAACUUAUGCUCCAACAACAACCAGAACGUCAACAACGACCACAGCAGCAACCGCAACAACUACACAAUCGACUGAACCUAGUACCACGCCAUACCUACUUAGUCCGACACCAAAUCUAGAUCAUUUAUUAAAAUCGAUCACUUCAUCGGUCUCUUAUUCCACCUCAUCUUCAACAAACACGCAAGCGCCACUGAGUCUUCCUGAGUCCUACCAAACAUUUCCUUUGACUUCUUCCUCUAGCUCAUCUUCUUCCUCUUCUGCUUCUGCCUCUGCAAAUGCACCUGCCGUUGAUUUCACUUUUUCUUCACCACCUUCCAAUGCGCCCAGCGCCACUUACACACAAGAUGAUACCCCAACAUUUCUCGAAUUCAACAAGCUAACACGUGCCAUUGUUGAUAACUCCGUUUUACAGAAUUUCCGCUCCCAACAACAGCAGUUAAGCCGUCCGCCUGCUGCCUAUCAUACAACACCAGCCGCCGUUGGGCGCUCGCUAGCCCUAGAUAGCAAUGCGCGUGCUGUUAGCAACUUUGCUGUGUUGCAGAGCUAUAAUAAGCUGCCGCCGCAAGCUACCGCUCAGCUAACGUCAACGCAGCGCCAACCACAGCAAUCACAGCAACAACUGCUACAACCACAACCACAACCGCACCGUCAACCACCUACUUCGCCUGCGCCGAGUAUUGUUAUUGCGCGCGCCGAAGGUCAACGCAUAGCACCGAGUUCUCUUACGUCUAUAAUUUCGGCGUUGGCAACACAGCCCCCCCCUAAGACUACGCCGUCAACUCCCUAUGUGGCGCUCGAUGAUUUCCUCACGAAAAAGUUCGCUCAAACCGGACAAGGUUUCACGAAAACGAAUGCAGCAGCAGCAACAACGAAACUAACUAACAUAAACUACAACAAUCAACUACAGCAAUAUAAGGCAACACAAAGUCAGCAACAGCAACAGAAUAUACAACCAUUGUAUCAUCGCGUCGCUCCGCAACCGCUGCAACCUCAAAAGGAGCGACAGCCAACCUUUAGUGAGCAAUUUCAGCAGCAACAACAGCAACAGCUGUUACACCAGCAACAGCAACUGCGACAAUUGCAGCAAAAUCAACACAUACAACAACAGCAGCAAUUUAAUGGCAACACAUUAUACCAAGCAACGUAUCAGCAGCAAGCAAAAUCCUUGCAACAACCAACACCAACAUCAGCACAAAAGCCACAACAACAAUUAAUUUCAAACCAAUUAUAUUAUCCACAACAACAACAACAAACCUCACUCAUCACAUCUAACUUUUUCAGUAGCUUUAAGCAAAAUCAACAACAACAACAACCACAAUUCCCACCUUUCUUCACAUCAGCCAGUGGCACGCGACCACAACAACAGUUGGCCUUUAACGAACUAAGUAAUAACAUCGUGCCACCCGAACACGACAAGCACUUCAAUGUACAACUACCAGCGCUCACAGCCGGUCUUAUACCAGCACCAACACUGACAGCACAACGUCGAAUGGACGUUGUGGAUGUAGCAGAAAGUGAAAGUGCUAGCAUUUUUCACGAUCACAACAGCGGCGCUGGCGGUGCCUAUAAUGGCGUGAGUUCUUACGAUGUGCCACUAAGCAGCAUCGGUCGUCUACCAAAUGAUAUAACGCAUUUUUUACGGCGAUUACGCAAAGUUAAAUAAUGCGUGCAUACCACUAGAGAUGCCAUAACAGGGAUAGCGAGCAAAAGUACGCAGCGGGAAUAGUUGGGCAAAAAGGCAAUUAUUUUUUUGCCUUCUCGAUUGGAAGUAUGACAUUGUGUUUCCUAUAAAUCUAUUGCCUAUAAUAUAAAUGUAUUUUUAUUUUUUUUAUUUAUUUUUCUUUUGAAUUAUUCACUUUCAUGUUUUAGUUCAAUUUAAAGUACGUGUAA